AGAAUAAAAGAGGAGGGAACAGCGGUAUUUAAACACUCAGGAGGCGGGCCUGUGCUGAUUGCAUGUGACCUUUACACUAGAGAAGGCUGACCGCUCUCUGGCGUGUGCGGAAAACACUGCAGUGUGGUCCAGCUCCACCGGGCACUGCUUCCGGGUGGUCUAAGCGGUCCUGUUCCGUCUCUGCCGAAGCGGCCAUCGUGAAGAUUCUCCCAAGCUUUUCCAAGGUUUGUUCUUGGCUGAACGUCAUCGAAUAUAGAAGAGCGAUGAAUUCGAUGAACAAUUUUCACACGCGUCGGCCAAGAGUCGGCAUCUAAGAUAUGAUCGAGCAGAUGGGAGAUCAGAUCGCAGAGACGAUGGAGUAUAAGUUGUUGGUCGCGGUUGAACCGCAGAGCCAAGUUACAUCUAACCAAACUCCCUCAAAAUGAUCUUUGGUGGUGCAGGCCGGCUUUCUCUCUUUGCGUUCGCAUCGUGCGUCUCGCUUUGUGAGGCAGCAACACUGUUUACCGGUGGGACAGUGAUCGGUUGGGACGCUUCUGCCAAUAACCUCGAUAUCAUCAGGAACGGCUCUGUGUUGGUCGAGAAUGACACCAUAACCGCUAUUUUCUCUGGAUCCUACAAUGGAACUCUACCGGCUGACCUGGAGGUCGUCGAUACCACCAACGACAUCAUCUCCCCAGGCUUCAUCGACACUCACCGUCAUAGCUGGCAAACGUCCUUCAAGACCCUGGGAUCGAACACGACCUUGAUGCGCUACUUUGAACGCUAUGGAACCGACUCGCCCGCCAAUACGUUUUUCACGCCCGAGGAUGUGUACAUCGGUCAGCUCGUUGGGUUGUACGAGGCCCUGAAUGGCGGUGUCACUACCAUUCUGGACUAUCCUCAUUGCACCUGGUCCGCAGCGCACGCCAUGGCUGCGCUUAACGCGACGUUUGAGAGCGGUGUUCGAACUGAAUUUGCCUACUACUUCCAAGACUAUGCGAACUUUACCGUCGAAGGGCAGAUGGACCUCUUCCGCGAUUUGGUCAACGAUGCGCGAUUUGACAGCUCGCCUACAAAGCUAGGCAUCUCGUACGAUGGUUUCGCUAGCACCAACAGGAACCAAACGCGCACAAUCCUUGAUCUAGCUAUUGAGAAGAACGUAUCCGUAGUUUCAACUCACGCGAACGGUGGUGUUUAUGGCGCUCCAAACUUCCCCGAGGUCUUGCACGAAUUUGACUUCCUCAACCAAUCCAUCCCCGUCGUUUUCGCACAUGCCAGCUAUCACAGCGCGACCGACGCGCAACUGCUGCGACAAUACAAUCACUACAUCUCCACCACCCCUGAGUCUGAGAUGCAUUACGGUCAUCUGCACCCGAACAGCCACCUCAUCAUGGACCAAGCGGCUCUAGGCAUCGACACACAUUUCACGUUCUCGUCGGAUAUACUGACACAAGCGCGAUUGUGGCUCCAGAGUGUUAGGAAGAUCUUCUACCGCGAGGUCGUUGAUCGACGCCAUCUUCCCGCUGAAAACCCCAUGUCUGUCAACCAGGCUUUCCUUCUAGCGACUCGCAGCGGAGCGCUCGCAUUGCGACGAUCCGACAUUGGUAUCCUGGCGCCGGGAGCCAAAGCAGACGUACUGGUAUGGAACGGCCGCGCUCCAAGUGUACUUGGCUGGACCGAUCCUAUCGCAGCCAUCAUGUUGCACGCGAAUGUAGGUGACAUCAAGCAUGUCAUGAUCAAUGGAGAGUUCAAGAAGCGAGACUGGCAGCUUACCAUCCCUGGGUACACGGCGCUGCAAGACCGCUUCUUGGAGAGCGCGAAGAGAAUUCAAGAUCACUGGCGGCAGAUGCCGCUACCCGUCACUGAGGGAGAGGCAGAUAACGGUGUCGCUUUUGAGAAACCGAUGAUGGCGGAUAUUGAAAGAAGUGAUGGAACUGGGUACGGGCCUUUGUUCGUGUAGCGCGACUUUGGGUAUACUUGGGAUAGAUAAUGACUUGCAAUGUUCGUAUAAUCUGUAUUGGAAACAAAGUAGAUAAGAGUGUUAUUCAUAGGCCCGACCUCGUUCGAUUCAUUCGUCGCUGGUAUGGGAGCGAAACGUGGUAAGAACCUAGGACUUUCCACCAACGCGUACUUUUCACAGGAACCGUGGAUACUAUUAGUGACAUCGCUGUUCUUCGAGGAAAUUUCGAACCGCCAGUAACCAUUCAUCGGGAUUGUCCUCCUCCCUUGCCGCAGGUAUAGUUUCAUAGUCGUUCCACUGAUCCAUCUCAUGCACAU